CCGUCCCGGAAGUUGCCGCCUACCCCCAGGAUCCGGCUCCGGGGCGCAUCGCCCGCUCAGUUCUCCGCUUUUCGCCUCUCCUCGCUGCGCGGACUCCCCCGGCUGCUCGGCAGACGCGGAGCGAACCAUGAGCGUGGGCUUCAUCGGCGCCGGCCAGCUGGCCUGCGCCCUGGCGCGGGGCUUCACGGCUGCAGGCAUCCUGUCGGCUCACAAGAUAAUAGCCAGCUCCCCGGAAAUGGACCUGCCCACGGUGGCCGCGCUCAGGAAGAUGGGGGUGAACCUGACCCGGAGCAACAAGGAGACGGUGAGGCACAGCGACGUCCUGUUCCUGGCCGUGAAGCCACACAUCAUCCCCUUCAUCCUGGACGAGAUUGGGGCCGAUGUCCAGGCCAGGCACAUUGUGGUCUCCUGUGCGGCCGGUGUCACCAUCAGCUCUGUGGAGAAGAAACUGCAGGCGUUCCAGCCGGCGCCCAAGGUCAUCCGCUGUAUGACCAACACGCCCGUGGUGGUGCGGGAGGGCGCCACGGUGUACGCCACGGGCACGCAUGCCCUGGUGGAGGACGGGCAGCUCCUGGAGCAGCUCAUGAGCAGCGUGGGCUUCUGCACCGAGGUGGAGGAGGACCUGAUUGAUGCCGUCACAGGCCUCAGUGGCAGUGGGCCUGCCUAUGCGUUCAUGGCCCUGGACGCCCUGGCCGAUGGUGGGGUGAAGAUGGGGCUGCCGCGGCGCCUGGCCGUCCGACUGGGGGCCCAGGCCUUGCUGGGUGCUGCCAAGAUGCUGCUGGACUCUGAGCAGCAUCCGGGCCAGCUCAAGGACAAUGUCUGCUCCCCCGGGGGGGCCACCAUCCAUGCUCUGCACUUUCUAGAGAGCGGCGGCUUCCGCUCCCUGCUCAUCAAUGCCGUGGAGGCCUCCUGCAUCCGCACAAGAGAGCUGCAGUCCAUGGCGGACCAAGAAAAGAUCCCCGCAGCUGCCCUCAAGAAGACCCUCCUGGACAGAGUGAAGCUGGAGUCCCCCACGGUGUCCACGUUGACCCCCUCCAGCUCCGGGAAGCUCCUCACAAGAAGCCCAGCCCCAGGAGGCAAGAAGGACUGAGGCUGCCUCGGGCGACCCUCCUCUCUGACCAGACCCUCGGCCGAGGGGGCCGCGCAGGGCCAGGGUGGGCUCAGGGAGUCUUCAGGUCCUUGUGAUAAAACCUCCUGAAACCUGUUCGGACCAGGCAGCGCUAGUUUCCCCUCGUGUCUCACGCUGGAAGGUGCUCUGACGUGGUGAUGCUAAGAAGCAGGUACAGCCCAACACGCCGCACACGGGUGGAAGAGAGAGGCUGGCAGUCCCGUCAGAGCCCCGGCUCCGCGGGGAGGGCUGAGGCCCCUUCACCUGGGAUCCUCCAGCUGGAGCCCAGGGCAGAGUUCCUUUGAUGCUAAGUCAAGGCAAGUGACUUGGAAUUACCACACUUAAUCAGAGAGGCACAUAUUAGUCUGUGUUAGAUUUAACUCUUGCUUCAUAGAUGUACAGUGGAAAAAGUGUCAUUCAAUGCUGUUAAGAUUAGCUGCUUUAAUAAAGUGUUAUUUUUUAGCACCCUC